GACAUGUAUUCUCUCAGUCCGUCUCUCCGCUAGGACGUAUGGUGUUGUCCGCCAACAGGUGUAAACCGAGCUUUUAGCAUUGUACUGUCGGGAGUACAGCGCCAUAGAAAGUGAACGACAAUAACUGUUUUGUCAAUCUCCUAGUCGUAUAGAGAGAAAUAACAGAAGAAAAACAUUUUUAAACAAAGAAUUGUGUUUUUUUUGGAUCUCCCUGGUCGUGCUUCUUUUUUGGAUACAUUUAAUGUGAUUAUUGGACGGAACAUUAUGUCGAGGACUUAUUAAUCUCUAGAGGAAGUGAGUGAAAUUUGAACUGACUGUGUACAUGGUAUGAAAGAUAUUCUUUGCCAAAUGAAAACUACUGAAGGAAACAACAACUGUCUGCCUGGCAGACGAAAACCCCGCCAAGGCUCCAGAUUCAAAAAGCGGCUUUCCAUUCUACUGCACACACACGUCGCUUUGAUUGGUCUGUGUACUCUCAGCGUGUUAGAUGCAGGAUGUGUGAUUGGUCAGAUCAUCAGCGACAUCCUCAUCAUGAAAGACGAGCUCCAAGAGAAAACGUUAAUGGAAAAGCAUGCAAAAGACACUCUGCUGAAUCUGUUCCCUGAACGAUUCAACAAGACGACAUAUGAGAAAGCUAGUCUAGAGGAGAUAAUGGUCAUAAUGAAAGAAUGUUUCGAUGAACUCAAAAGAGAUGGCAAAGUUACGAUGGACAAAGCCUCGUUUCCGCAUAUCCACCAAACGGAUGGUGGUGGACAUCACGUGCAUGGCAAGCGGCAUCGUCGCGCCGCGGGAGGAAAUCACCAGCAUUCUUUCAAAGACCAAGAGAAAUAUAUAAACCACCACAUUCUGCACGAACUCACGCACGCCUUCCAUCUUGGAAGCAUGGUCAUUUUGACGGUGUUACUAGUUGAGACCAAAUUAAAGAUUCUAGCUAUGGGAAAGAAGUUCUUGAAUCACAAGAUAGAGGUUUUCGAUGCUUUCGUGAUCACCGUGUCUUGGGCUCUGGACAUAGCUUUCUGGGAGGGACUGUGGGCACACCCAGAACAGGAGGCGGCCAAUAUCAUGAUCUUCAUCCUACCCUGGAGGGUUAUAAGGAUUGUCAACAGUUUUGUCAUGGUUAUACAAGAAAAAGACCAAGUGCAGUUGAAAAUCGUGAAGCAACAGUACCGUGGUUCCGUAAAGAGAGCCAGCGAUAUGAAAAUGAAAGUAGAGUUAUAUAGGAUUGAAUUGCGUCAUCUGCAGAGUUUGUGCCGAAGACGAGGCGCUACAGAAAAAGAAAUCCAAGGCUGUGCCCCGGAAGGCAAGAGGAGAAGAAGUAGUUUAUUACCGGUGUUAACACGACUAGCCUCAGUGGGUCUCCUUGGUUCAGUCAGCAGCAGUGCCGAUCUCACCAAGGAGGCAGCGUCCAACGAUACCUCGGACGAGGAGGACUCCGCUGUCGAAGUCACCAGCCGUCCAAAUAGCAAUUAUAGCAACUACAGCAGCGACUGUUUAAGUCUGGCUAGAACAGUGUCUACUGCUAGUAGCGUAUCAGCCUUCCCAGCCAGCACUAGUCUGGAAAACCUAGUGCACGAUAAUCUGGCUUAUGUUGAUGAAAAGCCACCGAAUUAUAAGGAAGUCUCCGAGGAAAUAAAGAGUGAAGAUGACUUUCAUACCAAGCUGUGAUUCAUAUAUACAUAUAAUCUGAGGACUUUUGUUGAAAAACGAGUGCGUGAAUAAAACGUCACUCUCGCUGCUCGAUCUGUGUCUGCAGACGACGACUGCCGACGAGGGCAACAUGUAUUGUGAUAUUACCCGCACCUCCUUUUAUGUAGACGGUGGGAAGAAGUGUCCCGUGCUGUGGUGUAUUGUGCUUGUACCGUGUGGUCACUUGACAGUUGAAAUUCACAGAUAAAAUAUCAAAGUUGUCGGAACGAAACCUAUGCAACAGAGUCGACAACAUCUUGUGCUUGGAAUAGUGCCUUUGUUUCCUUUAUUUAGCGUUUUAAACUAUUUGUAGACUUUUUUUUUGAGAGAAUGGAAAUAGCAGUAUUACUUUUAUGCAUUAUUUUUAUUUCUUUGGUAUGAUUAGACUUUGAUGAUGCAACAGAAGGUUUAGAAGUUGACGCUGCAGAUCGAUUUGAAAUUGCUGAAGUCUGUUAGCAGGGAUUUUAAAUUAGUUAUUGUUUUCAGGACGUUUAUGAAAAGAACUGAAUUAUCAAAUUUCGUGUUCUUUGUUUUCUAAUCGAUGUGAAGCUGUGAUAAUCUAUUACUGAACUAGAUUCAGUGUUGUUGGUUUGUUGUUGUUUUUUUUACCCGUGAUGCACUAUUGAAUUUGGAGAACAUUAUUUUGUCACAUGGCUAUGAAUGUUGUUCAAAUGGCUUCAUAUUUCCCAGUGCACUGUCGAUACAUUUAUCACUGUCUCAGUCGGUUAAUGAUACCAUGUACAGCAGUACAUGCAUUCCGUUACUAUCAAUUCAUUUGUUAUCUUUAGAGUUUGUUGUUUUCAAACAGUUUAAAAUAUUCUGUACAGCAAAUAGUAGUACCUGAAGAUUCAACUACAGCACCAUCCUUAUUGUGAUAGAAUGUAUCAUAGAUUAUAUUUUAACUUCAUCAGUACUUUGUAAUUGUUUCCCGUAUAAAGCAGUGCUACCAUACAUAUUGUGUGAAUGAUUUAAUGCCUUGUUAGAACGUGUGAUGUUUCAUUGAUAUCAUUUUUAUAAUUUUGUGUUCAAAUUAUUUAUAUUCAGACUCUGAAUAAAAUCAAACUUUGUAAAAUUAA